AUGGUCAUCAAACUAUCUCUCGUCCUCUUCUAUCACCGCGUGACAAACCUUAAUUUUGUACGAAGGACCGCCUAUGCUACGGCAAUUCUCAUCAGCGGAACUACCGUGUUAUCUACUGCUCUUUAUGCUAAUGCGUAUCCACACAUCGAUUAUUGGAACUACCCGUUCGAUUCUGCCAGGGUGGAUCAACGCGAUGCGCAGACUGUGAUUGCCUGCAUCUUUAUCCUCUCUGAUUUAAUCAUCUGGAUAUUGCCAAUGCCGCUAGUGCUCCGGCUAAAAUUGUAUCCACGGGAAAAGGUUCUGGCCUUGUAUACCUUUUCAGGAGGUGGUGUGGUCUUUAUUGCAAGCGGCUUCCGACUUCAGGCUAUUAGGGGGUCUUAUACUGAUGAUUCGAAGAGUGAUAAUGCUUUCCUUAUCAAUGCAUGGACAAUCGUGGAGCUCAACCUUGCGCUAAUUUUUGCUUCGAUACCAUCGGUUCGAGCUUUAGCAAUACAUUAUAGUUCUAGGAUUUCGGGCAGCGUCCGAUCGCCCUCAUCUGCAUUGGACCCAACUGCUACAACGAAACCUCCUACUGAAAAGGAUGGAACUGGAACCCAAAGCCCAACGCUGAAUCACAAUCUGCGAGAGUAUGACCCCGAGAAGCAUGUCUAG